CAGGAGGGGUUUCUCAAAGCAUUCUCUGACCAACCCGAAUAUUUUACUGCGGGGAUGUUCCCCCUUCAGACAGUUAUGAAAGAACUUCAUCUCCGGAAUGUUCACCUAUAUCCUCGGUUUCACCAGCGCAUUCAGGACGAUCUGCAGCGCAGACGAGCGGACACGGUCGAACUUUAUCAACAGCUGAGCCCCACAAUGAUGGACAUACAUACUGCUAUCGUCGAAUGUAUGAAUGGCACGCUGUCAGAGCUAAAAAGAAGCAAUAUGUCUCAGGCUCUCGACCUGGAUGAUCUUAAUGUCGAAAACGCAUACUUUAGGUCAUUUGACGCUCUGGUUAGAAGACAGCUGGAUCCAGUGUGGCACAAGGUUGGCGUGAAAACGAAGCAGCUCGUGGCCGACAUCAUUCAACUUCGGAAACUUUUGUCAUACCUUCUGUCCUACGACCCUGUUACAUUUCUUUCUUAUGUCGAAACGGUUCGAGAAACGUGCGUACUCACCAAUUCAGGGGGGAAAAAGCAGCCUGCCAUGUUGAGCGCCUGGCUUAUGACCGAUGCUGCAAAUGUUAUCUUUACGCAGGCCCGUCGCCGGGUCUAUAUUCAAUACAAGGUACCAAAGGAUGGGCCACUGCUGAGAGAGGAUGCAGAACUCGAAGAAGCCUGGAAUGUCUUGGAUGAGAUUGAAGGAAGGGACCCGCUUCCAUCCUCAUCCAGAACAAAAACUUAUCAGGAAGCUGACGGAUGGCAGGACUGGAUGCCUAGUGGCAUGGGGCCCGUUCUUGAAGAUCUCCCUAAAUGGAAGGUGCUAUCAGACAUCCUGGACGAGGUCGAACAAACAAUGUCAAUCAACCCCGCCUCAAUGUUGGCACCUGGAAGUGACAUCAUCUUAAUUAUGGCAAAUGAUCACCAGACUUGUGGCCAGUUACGAGAAUUCCUUUCUACUAAGCAUCUAUAUCCUGCUACUCCAGGGCGUCACUUUCUGGAGGCUCGGUUGCUUGGAUACUUGCAUUGGAAGAAGAAUCUGCGUGCCGAUUCGGAGCAUAGUACCGGCGCGGCGCCCACGAAUCAACCCCACAAUCUCAAUAGAGGAUCCGGUGACAGUCAGUUAAGCGAAGGCCUAAGGAAGAAGGACACAGCAAAGGCACUUGCACGAGCAAAUCGCAGACGAGUGCGAGGGGGUGCCCCAGGUGGCGCGACUCAUCAAAGUGAUGGGGGCCAUGAUGUGAUUGAUGUUGACGCUGAGGAUUUACAUGUAUUAGACAAUCUGCAACCCAUUGGUUCCUCUCCAGACCUAGGGUUUCCACUUCCUCCCGAGGCAUACUCGCAAAUCAAGAAGGAAAGCCUUGAACGAACACAGCCAGCGAACAUGGUUCCCACCAUUCAGGAGCAUCCUCAGGCGAAUUUCCCAGAUCUUUCCGAAGUUUCAAACCUUGAAACCCCGCAGUCGGAUUACGGUCUGUUACCUCCUGACCACACUAUCAUCAUACGCCCAUAUGGUGAUGACAGUGAUGACAUGAUGCUAGCAGAGCUUCGCCCUCGAUGGAUAAUUAUGUAUGAGCCGAGUAUAGAUUUCAUUCGACGAGUCGAGGUAUACCGCAGCUUAAGCCCUGGUUUGGCACUCAGGCUCUACUUUAUGGUCCACCAAGGGACGAGUGAGGAGCACAAGUAUCUUGCGGGAAUCCGUAAGGAGAAGCACGCGCUCGAGCGAUUAAUUGAUGAGCGAGCUAAAAUGGUUCUUGCGCUCGAUACUGCUCCGAUACCUCUGAUAGCAGGCACGACGGACCACCUUAUCAAUGCAAUCAGUUCGCGCAACGCUGGAGGGCAGGGCGGCUCGAUGACUGAGCCACCACGGAUACUGGUCGAUAUCCGAGAGUUUCGCUCGAGUCUCCCUAAUCUACUCAACAAGGCGAGGAAUAUCACCACCCCUCUCACGCUCACGGUGGGUGACUACAUACUGACGCCCGAUAUUGUCGUGGAGCGGAAGAGUCUGCCUGACUUGGUGCAAAGUUUGCAAAGUGGUCGCCUGUAUAAUCAAUGCGAACUGAUGUCAGCGCAUUACAGACAACCUGUCUUGUUGAUUGAGUUCGAGGAGAACAAAUCGUUUUCGAUGCAGAGUAUUGUCGAUACCACUAGUGCCGCAAAACGAGCUGCCUCAAAGACACGCAAAGUGGCUAAUGAGCCAUCGUCUUCCACACUAGCCCGUAUUGACCCAAACAGUGUGCAGUCCAAGCUUGUUCUUCUGACUCUGCACUUCCCACGCCUCAGAAUCAUUUGGUCCAGUUCUCCCCAUGCCACGGUAGGUAUCUUCGCAGACCUAAAAUCAGGGGUGGGCGAGCCGGACCCUGAAAGGGCGGUCACUGUUGGGACAGAUGCACCAAACACAGGUGAGGGCGGGAGAGGGACUUUGGCAGUGUCGCUGGAGAAUACCGCGGCACAGGAGUUGCUUAGAAGUUUGCCUGGAGUAGGUACGAAGAAUUAUCGGCAUGUGAUGAAUCGGGUAGGAAGUAUUCGGGAACUGUGCGAGUUGCAGCAAAAAGAGGUUGAGGAGCUUUUGGGGGUUGAACCUGGCCGAAAGUUGUAUGAUUUCUUACAACGGGGAUUGAAAGGGAGGUGACCGAGUCUUCUGUUUGGUGGGAAAUGAAGUCCUAGCUCGGUGUGGUAGACUAGUUGAAUGCCGGAAGGGUGGAUUGUAUCAUAUUGCUAACAUAUCGCAUCACUCGUUUUAGAGUAGCGUGCUAUCGAGGCGAUCCUCCUCGAAAUCGCCC